AUGGGGCAGUUUCAAGCGUUGCGUCAAGGAGAUAGCUCAACCUUGGAGUAUCUCGACCGUGCUCAACAUUUAGUGGAGGAUCUCGCACUCGCUGGGCAACCACUCACGCUAACGGAGCAAAAUUUGUAUGUUUUUAGGGGGUUGCGACUGGAAUUCCGGUCUAUGGUAGCCUCCCUGGCAGUCAACGGUACACCGGUGACGAUUCCGCAAUUGGCGGAUUAUUUGCAGGCACAGCAGUUCAUCCAUGCGGAUGACUUUCCCGCUUAUGCACCUACAUCGUCGACGGCUUUAUAUGCCGGCAGAGGAGGCCGGCAUUACGGAACUGGAGGCCGCGGACAGAAUCGCGAUGGAGGUGGUCGCGGCGGACAGAAUCGCGGCAACCAGCGAGGCAAGUGCGGUGGUCGUGGCCGAAACAGUGGCCUGCGUUGCCAGAUUUGCGACAAGCAGGGCCACUCGGCAACUUUCUGCUACAAGAGGUACUCCGAGCCACCACCAUCGGCGCAUGUAGCGGUCGCCGGAGAUGCUGGCAGUGGCGGCUUGGCAUCGGCAGUCACCUCUUGGCUGCCGGACACGGGUGCUUCCACACACGCUACGCCGGAUUCCGGUGUGGUCUCGCAAGCCGACGAAUAUCACGGAGAUGAUGUUCUGAGAGUGGGUAAUGGCACAGGUUUGAAAAUCUCGAGUGUGGGUCAUGCAGAUUCAAUCACACAGGCGGUUCCUCUUAAAGGGCCGAGCUCGGGGGGAUUGUACUCACUGUCAGUUCCGAAUCCUUAUCAUGCGUUUGUUUCUGCCCGUGCUUCAUCCACAGUCCAGCUCCAGCUCCAGCUUAACCUCCCGUGGUCAGAAGACGGGUUCGUCGUGCCCAACCUCAGGAGCGGGCUCAUGUUAUGCGACUCAGACGUAUGA